AUGACGAUCAAAAACUGUGCUUCUAAUUUCCAUGAAGUUUUUGAAGCCUUUGAGAGAAGGAACUCGAAUCAACUGUUUCAAAACUGUGUAGAAGUGCAGGUAUUUAAUGAAAGAACAACAAUUUUUUGCAUGUCGAUUUUUCCGUAUUGUAAUGUAUUAGAUCUAGUUGACCCUGUUGAUGUCCAAACUCAGUUUUCAGACGAUUCCAUGAAAACCUUAGAUUUACAUUAAGUUCUCACUAAACAAGCUAUUCGAAUAAGUGUCAAUGAAUUCUCGUUAAAACAUUCUUAAUCCGACGAAACUCUUUAAUUCACAGUAAAAGUUCGAGGAUCAUAUUUAUAGGACAAGAUUAUGAAGAAGAUUGCCAAAAAAAGUUUGAAAAUGGUUAAACGUACAUCUCAACUUGUUUCGUCGUAGAAAGUUGUUGACUGCCUGUCUGUUCCCCGCUGUCCCGGUGACCUUCUUACUACGUUCCGUUCGCUCUUGAUUACAACAGCGAGUUUGAUGAAACAAAGCGGUUUGUGUCCAAGCUUGAAUUAUGCUGGGUUAAAGCGAUACAUAACAGGUAAAGUCUUUUUCAGCAUUGUUAGUUUAGUCAUUUAGGCCUGAAUAAGAGUAGGACACCUGAAAACACCGGACAUACUUGAUUAAAGAACUUAACACCAGGGGAUCAUUGUGUUGUGUCCUUGGGGCAGACAUUUCACUCGCACGGUACCUCUUUCCAGCCAAGGGUAUAAAUGGGUAUUGGGUAACUGUAAAGGAAACUUGACAAGAUGUUGAGGAUCAGAGGCAUAGCUAGGGGGAGGGGGUCCUAGAAUGUUCGUAAACCCUCCCCCCCUUCCUUCCCCCCCACCCCUUUGUAGGCCCUAUUUUUAUCACAUUAAGUAAAACACGGCGUGGAGGUCGACAUGAUAAUUUGGUGAGUACCCUCUGUUUGACAAUGUGACCCCCCUUUUUUAAAAAAUCCCGACUCCUCCCUUAGGAGUAAACUAAAAUCUUGUUCAGGAGGAGUCGAGCAUUACUCUUAGUCACCUCAUUCUUUGUGAACCAGCAGUAAAGGAAAAUCAGUUCCUUUAACAACAUUUUAUAGAAAUCAGUGAGCGACGACCAAGAAGAUGUGGAAGAUGUGGAAGAAGUGGAAGCAAAAGUACAUUUUAUGUCGCGCAGAAUCUUAGAAGAGAACAGGAGACAUAAACUUUUCUCGUCGCUUUUGGAUGAAAACACAUUUUACUCAGUGCAAAACUGAAUCAAAAGUUUGUCAUAACUUUGAGGAAAAUUGGCGUUCACUUAUAACUUGAUUUAGACUGACACAGUUUCCCUCACUGAUCUUCUGUAUCACUUGUCUUGGAAUGAAUUUUUAGGUAAUACAAUGAUUUGUCAUAAAAACGGCCCAUGGUUUGAUGAAUGUGAACGUCAAUGUUUGUGUUACAAUGGCGAACUUUUAUUCUGUCAUCGGAUCAGAAAAGACUUUACAGCUAUGACCCUCGAGGAACGAAGGAGAUUCACAAACGUUCUCAAAACCGCUGCGACAAACCCUAUUUACAAAGAUGAGUACAGAAGGAUCUGCAAUGUUCAUGCACGGAUGCCGACCAAACUACUUCAUCACAUGCCUCAGAUCUUUCUACCCUGGCACAGAUGGUAUUUGCUGGAGUUUGAAAACAUCCUUCGUCAAGUUGACUGUAGGGUUACAGUUCCCUAUUGGGACUGGAGUAAGGACGAAAAACACUGGGCCCGAGAAACGGAGGCAAACGAUGUUUGGAAUCUAGGUCCUCACGGUUUGGGGGGUGACGGUACUUUGUCUGAUGAUUGUGUCAGAGACGGGCCUUUUAAGAAAGAUGCUUUCUUUAUACCUGAAGAUAUUGGACAAGGCUGUUUACAAAGACGUUUUAACAUUUCAUGUUUCCUUCCAGGCGAAGACGUGAUUCAAAAAAUAACAAAGGAUGCAAACUUUACUGCGUUUGAAAAGUUUGUUCGGGAAAAAGUGCAUCCUGCUUUUCACGACUGUGUUGGUGGCCAUAUGUUAAAACAUCACUCGGCUUCGUUCUCUCCAGAGUUCUGGAUUCAUCACAGCUUCAUAGAUAAACUCUGGGCAGAUCGGCAGAUAAACGGAGCCAGUCACACGUUUGAGUAUUUCAUCAACAUAACCUUUGAGAUGCCUUUGAGCGGACGGUUUUCAUGGGAACUGUUAGAUAAUCAUAACUUACCCGGUGGAAUUAAAAUCCUCUAUGAGAAUCCAGGGGAUUCCACUCUUAAUUCAAGGCUGAACAGUUUUGUUUAAAAGUUACACACCUUUGUGGCUGUGUCUGAUUGAUGUGAUAAGUUUCAAGUUUACCAUGAAGAAAAUGGACUUGUUAUCUCAGAGGGAAAGAUAUAUUUUCGCUUGUUGUCAGGUCAUGGACUGAUUUAGUUAUCCAACAAACUUGUUGCUUUCAUGUAAAUUUUUUUACAAGCGAUGGAAAUGAUUCCGUUCCUAACUUUCUUUUUUUACAUUCCAUAUGUUUCAUAGACAAAAUAUAUUUUAUCCAUCAACUGCAAAGGAGAGAUCAGUUCAGUCACUUAUGUUUCUUGCUCAAGACAAUCCUUAACAAGCGGGAAAUUCGAAUAUUUUAACCUGGCAAUUUUCAGCUUUUUGCGAAGAACAAAACCUCAUUUAGGAAAACUCAUAAAAUUGUGUAACGGUAGUAUUUAUAAGUAGAUACCAUUAAAAUCAACCGGGGAAGAUCAUGGUAAUCGUUGAAAAAUGAAUGAAUCUGAUUUUUACCUUCUCAAGAAAUUGUACAGUUGGCGAGUGUGUGAAUCAUCUUUCCACCCUUUUCUCCUCUACAAUUUUACAUCAGUUCUUCGCAGCGACAUUUACUAAUGAAAGUCAGUAACACUACAGUCAUUCAGUUUAUUGGUAACCAAAAUGAAUAGGCGGCUUACUAUUGGUCGAUUGUCCAUUAAAAAUUGUUAUCUUCAGUUGGAAGAUGGAAAAUCGAAUCGCAGCUUCUAUUCCAAAGAGGUUACUGAUGGCCUAAAUCCAUUAUUUUUAGGCCAAUGGUAUUUGCGUGGCGAGUCAAGCAAGAGUUCACCUCGAUCAAAUAGCCACUUCACCACCUGCAGAUAGGGUACACUUGAUAUAAUUGUUCACGGUGUGAGAGUGAUAUCGAUAAAACAAACCAAUACAAACGAACAAGUACGUGUUAAAUAGAUUUGCAUGUGGUAAUUAAAAGAUGUAAUUGGAUGGUUUGAUGACCUGAUCAAAUUACAACAAGAGACUACUUUGCACAACUGAUUGGCAAACGAUUUUUGUUAAGCAUUUGCCAAUGGAAAAAAAUCGGGGUUCAUUUUUGAUUGGGUUUUACAACACUCCAAAAAAGAGGCAAUUUUAAUCAGUACUGCCAGAUCAGCGGACGAAAUCAAAGGAAAAUAAUCCAGUUCUGUGUUGCUUUGAUUGUUCGUUUCAAACUUUUACAGACCUCUCUGUCUUCCUUUUUUUUUUUAGUUUAUGCAAAGGAAAAGGAUAAGCAAAGUAAAGAUAAAAAUGAAAAUAUAAACAAAACUGUUGUAGUUUGAAUAUAGUCAUACAUGUUUCUUGUGGUAAUGCUGAAAGACGAAACAGUCACAUCACCGCUCACAAGUGUACGUGAUCCAUUUUGGAACCCGCUGCCAUCGUGUAAGCCAUGGUGUGAUAAUAUAAGAGUUCAGUAUUAGGGUCACCCAACUAGAUAGUUUGCUUGUCGCCUUGGUUCGGAUUCUUUAGCGUAAACAUAUCAUUUGUCAUAUUAUCAUGGUGAUUUUGGAAGGCGAAAGGACAGCAGGGUCCACAGAAAGAGGAUAUAAUUUCUAUCUCUCCUUUGAAAAAUAAGACGCACGUUGCUGUAACCAUUUUGAAUAUGUCUUUUCAUCGAUAACACAAUGAAAGUGUCCGGAAAUAAAUUCCAGAUUAUCAUUCCGUAAAGACCAAUUGGGAGAAAUGACGAUUUUAAUUUACCCUGGGUUGUUUUAAGUGAGAAUUUGCCUUCCUACUGACUUUUAGUGCAGUCUUACAAUAACAUAUCCGAGUCUCCAGCAGUAAUUCAUUUUUUGAUUCAGUUUGAAUUAAUUUUGCCAAAAUACAAAUUUCUAGUUUUCGCACCCCAUAAGUAAGUGAUUUAUGCCGUUCGAGGCCAAGCUAAUACAUUCUCUUUACCUUUUGAGUUGAAAGUUCGUAAAGAUCUUGUCAAAAACAAGAUCUCACGAAUUUACACUGGGGAGAAUGAUUAACAUUUGCAGCUGCCUCAUUGUGAUUUGCUAAGGUCGGUAAUCGCCUGCGGUUUUUUAUUUAUUAUAUUUUUUUUUGUUUUGAUCGGAAUUUUAAAUUGCAUAAACUUCUCAAUCCUUUUCACCCUUAUGUUAGGGUGCAUAUUCCCCAUACGAUUUUCCGUACAUUUGCUAAGGUGCUGUCGAGGAGAAUUUGUUUAACAAUCAAGAACUUCUUUAGUUGGGGAUCAUUUUCCCUAUUCUCUGACCUUAAUGUAUGAUUCAGGGCUGAUAGUGUAAGGAGAAAUUACCGGUAGAGGCUGGUCGCUCUAAGGAGUCAAGGUGUUAAAAGAAAUAAGAGGAACGAAUUUCAUCAUUACAUGUCGUUAGCCAGCUUUGAUCACAACCUUCCCAUUAGCUUCCGGACAUUGACACUAUCAAUUCCACUGUCUUUGAUCAACAAUCAUGUUUGGUUUAGUGCACAUUUUCCUUGUGCUGUUCACGCUAUUUGGCAGAAGUUUUUUUUCGUCGUCACAAAAAAUAGAAACUUGUGCAGGUGUGGUUAUUCAGCAGUGUUCAGAUCAUUCCCAGAGGUUGUUAAAAGCUGUAGAAAGUGGAAACCAAAACAUUCGGGAAAAGGAUUGUAAAGAUCUUCAGGUAAGUCGCUCAUGCUUUUAAACUUCUCCUCGCCUGGAGAACUUUUCUAACUAAGAGAACAUCACCUGGGAGUGAUUGAUCUUGUUGUGCCUAGUUCAACUUUAUCGCGAGAUAUCCUCGAAACUGAAUGUUCAGUUUUUCUCUGCUUUACUGAGUUAACCCUAAAUUCCAUACUCGGUUCGGGCUUUAUUUAACAAAAUUUGAACGCGAGCAUUUCUGACAUCAGCUCUCAUGUUAACACUAGUUUUCUGUAUAAAUUUUCCCCGGCUUACUUAUUUUUCCUUUGAAUUACCUUCAAGGUAUCUGUGUUGCCCUAUUCAAUUCAUAUUGAUUUCUUUUCAUAUUCCACAGGCUACAAUUGAUUGCCUCUCUGUUCCUCGUUGUCUUGGCAACCUAUUAUCAACUUUUCGUUACUAUGUUCUAGUGACAGCAUUGAGUCUUUCUCAGGCGUGUCCCCAUCUGGAUAUCACAACACUGCGAGGCUACGUGGCAGGUUAACUCAUUAUAAUCAAUUCAGUUUAUGAACAUGACUAGAAAUAACAUUUUCUGGACGAUCAAUGAACUGACUUUUUUAUAAGUUUUAUUAAUUUUAGUUUUCGUCACAGCGAAUGACGAAGGGCUAACACUCGAAACGUGAAAUGAUCUGGUUAUACUCCCCCAGCGACGUAGCACCACAGUUUCUUUAGAAACUUACCCCCUUUAUCCCGUUAGUCAGACAACCAGGCGGUUGAUACAUACAUAUUUAUAUUAGGUGUAUCAGUUAAUCAAUCAAUAAGUCAGUAACAGGUAAUUUAGUGUUAACAACUGAGUUGAAAACGUAAAUUAACCACCGUAAAGGAUAAAAACGCUAACGUUUCGAGCGUUAGCCCUUCGUCAAUCGCUCUGACGAAGGGCUAACGCUCGAAACGUCAGCUAUUUUACCUUUACGGUGGUUAAUUUACGUUUUCAAUUCAGUCGUUAACACUAAAUUACCUGUUAUACUCUCCCACCGAAGCAGCACCACAGUUUCUUUAGAAACUUACCUCCUUUAUCAAUAAGUCAGUAAGUCGGUCUAUCAGUCGGCAGAGCGUAUGCCAUUCAAUUAUUCGUUAUCAAAAGUCUGUAUCAGUACAUCAACCAAUCAGUAAGUCAGUUAUUACGUCAGUCACCCGCUAAGUGAACAGGUACACCCGAAGUCUUAAAUAAGGUAACGAUAUACGUGCAGGCCAAUCAUAUCACCGAUUAAAGGGAAUUUCAACUGUCAAAUGAACUACAAAACCGAGUAAAGAAGAUUUCACCUUCCUUUGCUCUUAGGUAUCAAGAUGCCUUGCGAGAAAAACAGAUCAACUGUUGACCAGUGUCACAGGAAGUGUCGCUGUCAUGAUGGAGACCUUGAGUCUUGUUACAGAGUACGAAAACAAUUUACUGCCAUGAGCCCAACAGAGCGACAGCGCUUUAUUAACGCUUUCAAACUAGGUUCUUCUAGCCCUCAAUACCAAACCUAUUAUGAGGAUAUAGCCACGCUGCAUUCAAAAAUACCAAGCAAAUUUCUUCAUCACAUGCCUCAAAUAUUUCUUCCCUGGCAUAGAUGGUAUUUGAUGCAGUUUGAAAACUUUCUUCGUCAAAUUGAUUGUCGUAUAUCAAUUCCUUUCUGGGACUGGACCGGAGAGUCAGAACACUGGACACAAGCGGCAGUUUGGAGCCCAGGACCCGACGGUCUUGGGGGUAAUGGUAUAUCACCAAAUAACUGCGUUAUGAAUGGUCCAUUCCAACAGAAAGAAUUCCAAUUGCCUUGGUCUGCUGGUGGAGGCUGCAUUAAAAGAGAAUUUAACUUUUCUUGCUUUUUACCGAACUUGCAAAAAGUACGUGAUCUUAUCCAGCUUGAGAAUUUUACUCUCUUCGAACAUACAGUUCGUGAGCAAUUCCACACGACAUUCCAUGACUGUGUUGGAGGCAACAUGGCUCAUCAUUCCAAGGCUUCUUUUUCUCCGGAAUUUUGGCUUCUUCACAGUUUUAUUGAUAAACUUUGGGCCGAUUGGCAGAAGAAGGGAGUGGCUUUCCAGUUCCAGUAUUACACGGAAAUCACUUUUACAAUGCCAGGUUCUGGACAGUUCCCCUGGGAGUUUCUUGAUCAAGAUAAUCUACCAGGAGGUGUACGAAUUGUGUAUGAAAACUCACCACCGUAA